AUAAUAGUUUAAAUGUUUUUAAAGAGGAUUCUAUCAUUUCAGAGUGGUGUAAAUGUCCAGAAAAGAUUCUUAACUGAGCUUUUAUACGAUAUAUCCCGUAAGAAUCUUUACUGUGGCUCAUUUUCAAGCUGUGAAGAUGUAACAAAGUACAUCGAGUUUUUGUCCGUUGGAAACUGUAAUGAAGCUGAUAAAAUCUCAGAUUCUACACUUUUAUUCAACGAACACGUGCAUAAAAUGUAUCCAUACCAAAUCGUCAGGAUUUUAAACUCCUACGCAACACUCAAAUUCUCCAAUGAAAACAUACUAAAAGCAGUUCUGACAAGGAAUGAGGAAAUGUGUGAAAAUGCCUCACCUAGGAGAGCUCUGGAGUUAAUUACUCUUUACAGGAACUUAAACUUAUCCCACGAACAGAUAUUGUCACCACUGACCAAGUCACUGGUAAGGCACAUGCACAAUUACUCGUAUGAGUUGUAUGCUCUGGGACUAAACUCAAGUUAUCUUAACAUAACUGAUCCCAUAUUCGUUGAGUCGCUAAGGACUCAAAUCUCCCUAACAGCCACAGAACUUAGCCCGUUAAACUCGAUAAAGAAUUUGGAAUCCUUUUCAAGGUUUAGAGAAGAGUCAAAUGAGUUAUUUGACAGUGUCUGGAACUACGUCAAGGAUAAAAAACUUUCUGUUAAAAGUGUUCUCUUCCUACUGGCGUCAGCCGCAAGAAUACGCCCGGAAAAAGUGAAACUACUCUCAGAUUUGUUGAGCUCAGAGCUGGAAAAAACUGACUUGAAUUCUGGGGAAAUAUCAACUGUUUUAACCGUUAAAAACGCAAAAGGGAUCGUUCACUUUAAAUGUUUGGAGGCUAUUAUUAACUCUAUUGAGAUCAAACUCAAUGACCCAGAUUACAUUGACAUUUAUUACCACAUUUUCAUGCUAUCACAACUGUCACUUGAAGGUGAUCUGUUUUCUUUGGAAAUUUCAAAGUUUUGGAACUUAAUUUUGGGUAAAAUACGCCAGAAUACGAGGGGAUUUCUAUCCCCAACCAAGGCCAUUCAGUUACUAUACACAUCAGCCCUCAGAAGGAACAUUCACAAUGAGGUAAUAGAAUAUAUAAAGCCUGUGUACCAAAAACUGAAUUUAAGGGACCAGGAGCUGUUAUACGAUUCUCUGGUAUCAUUGUAUGGUAAUAGCGAAACUAAGGAGAAAGUUGACAAGGCCGUAAAACGUAUAUUAGACGAGAAGAUGGCUACAAUUUUACCUUUAAUGUGUGGGAAUAUGAGGAAUGUAAAACUGGGAACUAUGGGAGGUAAAAGUGUAAUAUAUAAAGUUAGCGAGGAUAAAAAGCUAGUGCCGCAAAAAUUAGUAAAUGAGUUUCACGUGUUAAACGUAGUGAAUAAAGAAGUUAAAGUGGUAAAAUCGCCGGCAACGUUGAUGGAACUGGAAGUUGUGGAAAAAAUCCACAAUAAUCCAGAAUCAUACGGCAAUAAAGUUGAAAUUUUAAUACCGAACGAAAAAUUAAAAACAAAGUUAAAAAGUUAAAAAUUAAUUGAUAGUUAUUGGAUAUUAUGGGUUUCUGAGUAUUAACCACCACAAAAUAUUAAGGGAAACUGAGU